AUGCAUACAACCAAUAAUCCACGUAAAUUAGCCCUGAUAAUUGGCAAUAAUAAAUAUACACAAAAUCCUUUAAAAAAUUGUGUGAAUGAUGCUAAUGAUUUAAGUAGAGCAUUGGAAAGUAUUGAAUUUCACGUAACAAAGAAAACAGACUUAAUAUAUCGAGAAAUGGAUCAAACAAUAGAUAGAUUUGUUAGAUCAAUACAGCCCAAUGAUUUUGUCGUGUUUUUCUUUUCUGGUCAUGGUACACAGUGGGAAGACCAAAAUUAUUUACUUCCAUGUGAUGAUGAUCGUAUAUACGAUCAGAAUGACAUGAAAUAUCAUGCCAUAAAUGCCCAACGAGUAUUAGAAAAAAUGUCCGCCCAAGAUCCAUAUGUUAUUGUAUUUUUACUUGAUUGUUGUCGUAAUUAUUGUGUGCCGAAUGCAGCUAGAAGUCGGUCAAUACUUCCAAGUGGAUUAAAUCAAAUGAUAGCACCAUCCGGGUCAUUAAUUGCAUUUGCUUGUGCACCAGGUCAAACAGCAUCAGAUGGCUCAUCCAACAAUCGAAAUGGAAUGUUCACCACACAUUUAUUAAAACACAUAACAAGAGAAGGUGAAGAUAUUGAAAUGGUUUUAAGGGAUGUUGCUUACGGUGUUGAAACAGAAACAAAUAAAAAGCAACGGCCAUAUCGUACAAGUUGUAUAACAAAAACUGGAGUAUAUUUAGUUCCACCAAGCAGAAAUCCUAAUGGUAAAUAUAUGUACACUUUACUCUUAUUGCGCAUCUAUAUUAAACUAAUUUUAGUCGAUCUGCUUAAAAAUGCUUUAAUGUCUGAAAUUGAGAAAGCAAAACAAAAUACUUAUACUUUUCCAGUAGAUCAACAUGAUGUUGACAGGAAUCAACAACCAAAUAAUCUUUACAUGUCGCAUCCUCAAUCUAAUCAGCAAGCAACUCCUAUUAAUCAGCCAUACAGUCAGCAAAACUAUGAUCAAUCAUCUUGGCAACAACAAGAUCUAGCGUCAUACUAUUAUCAACAAAAUCCUCCUAAUCAAGACUUUUAUCAACAGUCGCCUUCAAAUAAUUUCUCCAACCAGUCUAGGCCACCUAAUUCUACUCUUGAAUCUUUUUUCCACCAAAUUGGAGCUUCACAAUAUGAAGCUAAUCCAACAAUAAUAACUGCUAAUCAAAGAUCGUUUCAACCACCAUCCGGCUUUACUCCGAAUUACGGCGGCACAAGUUUUGGCGGCGGCGGCUAUCCAGCGGACCCAUCAGUAGCCUAUCCACAACAACAAUACCAACAACAGUAUAAUCAACAACCAGGUUAUUAUUACAAUCAUAAUAAUAAUUCUUAUUCCAACACACAGCAAUAUGGUCAACAAUACUAA